AAUGUUACCUAAAAUGUUAGGUAAUAUUUAAAUUUUGAUCAUCAUUAGAUGCCUCCUUCUUGUAUGGAGAGAAGAGAUUCUUAAAGAAACUGAAUAGACAACAAGAUGAAAAGUAUUAUGUUAUUGAUUAGUAAUGAGAUUAAUUAAAAUCAAGAAAUGACAUUUGAGGAGGUAUUAUCUUCCAAUAUUGAUUGUCGAGACAAGAUAGAGAAGUUAGUUUCUGAUCCCAAUUUAUAGAAUGAUUUUCUUAUUAAAGCACACAAUAUAAACAAAGAUCUAAAAGAGUUCUAUUAUUUGCCUUUGGUUGCAUUGACUUUAGAUCCUCCCAGUUAUUAUCCGGUAGAUACAAUUGAUAUUGAAACUAUCUUUUAACACUUUGGAUAAGUAACAAAUCAUUCAAUUAUACGAGAUUCUUAAAGUUAUCAAUAAAGAUAAAAUAGCCUAUAUAUUAAUGAGAAGCAUCGUUGAAUGUUGGAUUGCAGUCAAACUACUCAAUAACACCCCAAUUGAAUUGCCUGGUAGAUUUGGAACCAAUUAAAUCCAUACUCUUAAAGUGCAAUUAUGUUUUGAGGAUUCUUCUGUUCAUCACAUUUAUCAAUUUAAUCAUCGAAAUCUAACUGAAGAAGGAUUGACUAUAUAGAAGGUAAGAAGCAUAAAAUUUUAGGAAGACUCCAGACCUAUUCGAUAAUUUAGAAAAAGACUACAAAUAUAUAUCUAUCUUUGAAAUUGAUGUAGAUGCGUUUUAGAAAGAUUUCAAUAUCAAGUAAAGAAUAUUGGGAUUGAAGGGUUCAAAUAUAAUCAGAAUAUUGUAUUUAGUGGAAAAAGCAUUUGCAUUUUAAAGCAAAGAGAAUACAAGUACUAAAUAAGAGUUGGAUGUAAAAUUAUUGGUUGAUGAAUGUAAAUACUUAUUUUAUUUAGAGAAUCUGAGAAUUAGUUGAUUUUGCUUGGCAACUAAUGGAAUAAAUUUGUAUUAGCUUAAAAAUAUGCUAAUGAAUUAUUUGCUUAAAUCAAGGAAGAGUUCAAAUUUUUCUAAGAUUUUCAACUCCAAGGAUUAAAAGAGUCCAGAGUAAGAAGAAUAGAUAAAUUUGUUCAACCUGUAGAGGUUUAAUAUUCAUAUGAUGCAGAUGUGUGA